CAGGACGGUCCAGUCAUUCAGCAGUCAUGGCGUCCACCAACUCCGGGGGCAGGGUGUCCUGCGGGAGAGACUUGAAUUGUGUCCCGGAGAUAGCUGACACGUUGGCCGCCGUCGCCAAACUUGGGUUCGAUUUCCUGUGCAUGCCCCUGUUCCACCCGAGAUUCAGGAGGGAGUUCGAGGUGGAGCCGGCGAAGUCCAGACCCGGAGCCCAGACCCGUUCAGACCUGCUGCUGUGUGGACGAGACUGGAAUACCCUCAUCGUUGGGAAGCUGUCUCCAUGGAUCCACACAGAUUCAGAAAUGGAGAUGGAACGCAGAAACUCCGAGGCUGCUCUCGCACAAGAGCUCAACUUUUCAGCGUACCUGGGUCUUCCUGUCUUCAUGAUCCCCCUGAAGGGGCCCCAUAAUGCCAAUUUAGCCCGAAUGCUGCUCAACCACAUCCACACCGGGCACCAUUCCUCUAAUUUCUGGAUUCGUGUCCCUCUCAUGACGACUGAAGACGUUCGGGACGAUCUGAUUGAGAACGAACCCACGGCUUGUGUUGACGAGUCGAGCGUAGAGGAGAAAACGUGGAGUUGGUGGCAUUCAUUUCGAACCCUUUGUGAUUACAACAAGCGGAUCUGUCUCGCGAUUGAAAUAGGAGAAGACAUGCCAUCAGAUGCAGUUAUUGAUAAAUGGCUCGGAGAACCGAUCAAAGCAGCAAUACUUCCCACAAGCAUCUUUCUAACUAACAAGAAGGGUUUUCCUGUUCUGUCCAAAGCCCAUCAGAGGAUCAUCUUCCGUCUGUUCAAGCUGGAGGCCCAGUUCAUCUUCAUGGGCGCCAGUCGGCACACAGACAAAGAGUUCAGGUCCUACCUGCAAUACCUGGAAUACCUCAGUCAGAACCGGCCCGCGCCCAACGCCUACGAGCUCUUUGCCAAAGGCUACGAAGAUUACCUGCAAUCACCGCUACAGCCCCUCAUGGACAACUUGGAGUCUCAGACAUAUGAAGUAUUCGAGAAGGAUCCUAUCAAAUACUCUCAGUACCAACAGGCUGUAUAUAAAUGUCUCCUGGACCGAGUGCCAGAGGAGCAGAAAGACACCAACGUUCAGGUGUUGAUGGUGCUGGGAGCAGGCAGGGGUCCUCUGGUCAAUGCGUCCCUGCGUGCUGCCAGGCAGGCAGACAGGAAGCUGAGGGUCUACGCUGUGGAGAAGAAUCCCAACGCUGUCAUCACAUUGGAGAACUGGCGCUUCGAGGAGUGGGGUGACCAGGUGACUGUGGUGUCAUGUGACAUGCGGGAGUGGACGGCUCCUGAGAAAGCUGAUAUCAUUGUCAGCGAGCUGCUCGGAUCGUUCGGAGACAACGAGCUCUCCCCGGAGUGCUUAGAUGGAGCGCAGCACUUCCUCAAAGAUGAUGGAGUCAGCAUCCCUUGCUCCUACACGUCCUACCUGGCUCCCAUUUCCUCUUCCAAGCUUUACAAUGAAGUCCGGGGGUGUCGGGAGCGGGACAAGGACCCCGAGUGCCAUUUUGAGACUCCUUACGUGGUGCGCCUCCAUAACUUCCACCAGCUGGCCGAGCCCAAAGCAUGCUUCACCUUCACACACCCAUCGAAAGACAUGAACAAUAACCGGUACCAGUGCCUCCGGUUCUCUGUGGACUGCAGCUCAGUGCUCCAUGGCUUUGCUGGCUACUUUGAAACCACGCUGUACAAAGAUGUCACACUCAGUAUAAAACCAGACACACAUUCACCUGGAAUGUUCUCCUGGUUCCCUAUCCUCUUCCCCCUCAAGCAACCCAUCUCCAUAUCACGGGAUGAUGACGUCACCGUGCGGUUCUGGCGCUGCAACAAUGGGAAGAAGGUUUGGUAUGAGUGGGCUGUGACCGAGCCCUCCUGUUCUGCCAUCCACAACCCUGCUGGACGCUCCUACACCAUCGGCCUGUGAAAACACACCUGACAAGAAUCCACCUGUGUUUUUUUAGUGACGGUGGUCAACACCUUGUUUCUUUUUUAUACACGGUUAAAAGUUGGACUUGUGAUGUGAAAGCACCGAGUCAGCAGAAGUAAGCUGACUUGGAUCGUCUCUUGUGCACGCGUCUCUCUGUGAGGUUACCGUGAAGCUCCUUCAGAUCAGGUUCAAGUCCUAACCUGCUGGUUUGACCUGCUCCACGUUUCUUUUGUACUGAUGUGAUGUACACCGUCAGUCCACCCGGACCUUUGCCUUAUCACGCAUUCCAUGUGAUCCCUGUCAUGUCUGCAUAAUGUCCGUCAAGAGAAGAAGGUCACCAUGUUCACGUCAGUUGUGUUCGUGCAUUCUGUUUAAAACAUUUUCAAUAAAAACUCAU